AUGACACCAGGAACUGAGCCAAUGUCAACUGAUAUUAAUACUGAGAGAAACGGUGCACCAGGAACUGAGCCGAUGUCAACUGAUAUUAAUACUGAGAGAAACGGUGCCCCAGGAACUGAGCCGAUGUCAACUGCUAUUAAUACUGAGAGAAACGGUGCCCCAGGAACUGAACCGAUGUCAACUGCUAUUAAUACUGAGAGAAACGGUGCCCCAGGAACUGAGCCGGUGCCAACUGCUAUUAAUACUGAGAGAAACGGUGCCCCAGGAACUGAGCCGAUGUUAACUGAUAUUAAUACUGAGAGAAACGGUGCACCAGGAACUAAGCCUGUGUCAACUGCUAUUAAUACUGAGAGAAACGGUUCCCCAGGAACUGAGCCGAUGUCAACUGAUAUUAAUACUGAGAGAAACGGUGCCCCAGGAACUGAGCCGAUGUCAACUGCUAUUAAUACUGAGAGAAACGGUGCCCCAGGAACUGAACCGAUGUCAACUGCUAUUAAUACUGAGAGAAACGGUGCCCCAGGAACUGAGCCGGUGCCAACUGCUAUUAAUACUGAGAGAAACGGUGCCCCAGGAACUGAGCCGAUGUUAACUGAUAUUAAUACUGAGAGAAACGGUGCACCAGGAACUGAGCCGAUGUCAACUGAUAUUAAUACUGAGAGAAACGGUGCACCAGGAACUGACCCGGUGUCAACUGAUAUUAAUACUGAGAGAAACGGUGCACCAGGAACUGAGCCAAUGUCAACUAAUAUUAAUACUGAGAGAAACGGUGCACCAGGAACUAAGCCUGUGUCAACUGCUAUUAAUACUGAGAGAAACGGUUCCCCAGGAACUGAGCCGAUGUCAACUGAUAUUAAUACUGAGAGAAACGGUGCCCCAGGAACUGAGCCGAUGUCAACUGCUAUUAAUACUGAGAGAAACGGUGCCCCAGGAACUGAACCGAUGUCAACUGCUAUUAAUACUGAGAGAAACGGUGCCCCAGGAACUGAGCCGGUGCCAACUGCUAUUAAUACUGAGAGAAACGGUGCCCCAGGAACUGAGCCGAUGCUAACUGCUAUUAAUACUGAGAGAAACGGUGCACCAGGAACUGAGCCGAUGUCAACUGCUAUUAAUACUGAGAGAAACGGUGCCCCAGGAACUGAACCGAUGUCAACUGCUAUUAAUACUGAGAGAAACGGUGCCCCAGGAACUGAGCCGGUGCCAACUGCUAUUAAUACUGAGAGAAACGGUGCCCCAGGAACUGAGCCGAUGUUAACUGAUAUUAAUACUGAGAGAAACGGUGCACCAGGAACUGAACCGAUGUCAACUAAUAUUAAUACUGAGAGAAACGGUGCACCAGGAACUAAGCCUGUGUCAACUGCUAUUAAUACUGAGAGAAACGGUUCCCCAGGAACUGAGCCGAUGUCAACUGCUAUUAAUACUGAGAGAAACGGUGCCCCAGGAACUGAACCGAUGUCAACUGCUAUUAAUACUGAGAGAAACGGUGCCCCAGGAACUGAGCCGGUGCCAACUGCUAUUAAUACUGAGAGAAACGGUGCCCCAGGAACUGAGCCGAUGUUAACUGAUAUUAAUACUGAGAGAAACGGUGCACCAGGAACUAAGCCUGUGUCAACUGCUAUUAAUACUGAGAGAAACGGUUCCCCAGGAACUGAGCCGAUGUCAACUGAUAUUAAUACUGAGAGAAACGGUGCCCCAGGAACUGAGCCGAUGUCAACUGCUAUUAAUACUGAGAGAAACGGUGCCCCAGGAACUGAACCGAUGUCAACUGCUAUUAAUACUGAGAGAAACGGUGCCCCAGGAACUGAGCCGGUGCCAACUGCUAUUAAUACUGAGAGAAACGGUGCCCCAGGAACUGAGCCGAUGUUAACUGAUAUUAAUACUGAGAGAAACGGUGCACCAGGAACUGAGCCGAUGUCAACUGAUAUUAAUACUGAGAGAAACGGUGCACCAGGAACUGACCCGGUGUCAACUGAUAUUAAUACUGAGAGAAACGGUGCACCAGGAACUGAGCCAAUGUCAACUAAUAUUAAUACUGAGAGAAACGGUGCACCAGGAACUAAGCCUGUGUCAACUGCUAUUAAUACUGAGAGAAACGGUUCCCCAGGAACUGAGCCGAUGUCAACUGAUAUUAAUACUGAGAGAAACGGUGCCCCAGGAACUGAGCCGAUGUCAACUGCUAUUAAUACUGAGAGAAACGGUGCCCCAGGAACUGAACCGAUGUCAACUGCUAUUAAUACUGAGAGAAACGGUGCCCCAGGAACUGAGCCGGUGCCAACUGCUAUUAAUACUGAGAGAAACGGUGCCCCAGGAACUGAGCCGAUGCUAACUGCUAUUAAUACUGAGAGAAACGGUGCACCAGGAACUGAGCCGAUGUCAACUGCUAUUAAUACUGAGAGAAACGGUGCCCCAGGAACUGAACCGAUGUCAACUGCUAUUAAUACUGAGAGAAACGGUGCCCCAGGAACUGAGCCGGUGCCAACUGCUAUUAAUACUGAGAGAAACGGUGCCCCAGGAACUGAGCCGAUGUUAACUGAUAUUAAUACUGAGAGAAACGGUGCACCAGGAACUGAACCGAUGUCAACUAAUAUUAAUACUGAGAGAAACGGUGCACCAGGAACUAAGCCUGUGUCAACUGCUAUUAAUACUGAGAGAAACGGUUCCCCAGGAACUGAGCCGAUGUCAACUGAUAUUAAUACUGAGAGAAACGGUGCCCCAGGAACUGAGCCGAUGUCAACUGCUAUUAAUACUGAGAGAAACGGUGCCCCAGGAACUGAACCGAUGUCAACUGCUAUUAAUACUGAGAGAAACGGUGCCCCAGGAACUGAGCCGGUGCCAACUGCUAUUAAUACUGAGAGAAACGGUGCCCCAGGAACUGAGCCGAUGUUAACUGAUAUUAAUACUGAGAGAAACGGUGCACCAGGAACUGAGCCGAUGUCAACUGAUAUUAAUACUGAGAGAAACGGUGCACCAGGAACUGAGCCAAUGUCAACUAAUAUUAAUACUGAGAGAAACGGUGCACCAGGAACUAAGCCUGUGUCAACUGCUAUUAAUACUGAGAGAAACGGUUCCCCAGGAACUGAGCCGAUGUCAACUGAUAUUAAUACUGAGAGAAACGGUGCCCCAGGAACUGAGCCGAUGUCAACUGCUAUUAAUACUGAGAGAAACGGUGCCCCAGGAACUGAACCGAUGUCAACUGCUAUUAAUACUGAGAGAAACGGUGCCCCAGGAACUGAGCCGGUGCCAACUGCUAUUAAUACUGAGAGAAACGGUGCCCCAGGAACUGCGCCGAUGUUAACUGAUAUUAAUACUGAGAGAAACGGUGCACCAGGAACUGAGCCGAUGUCAACUGAUAUUAAUACUGAGAGAAACGGUGCACCAGGAACUGACCCGGUGUCAACUGAUAUUAAUACUGAGAGAAACGAGCAGAUGGACGUUUCAGAAUCUAUCGACGUCAUAAUGAACGUUACGCCACCAACUGUGUUCUACAACACGAUCGUUUCGGUGGCGGUAGUGUCAUGGUGUGGGCAGGGAUUCACCAUGAUGGUCGUACUGCUUUGGUGCGAGUUAAUGGAGCGCUCAAUGGCCAGCUCUACUGGGACGAGAUACUGCAACAUCACGUCGUUCCACUGA